AUUUAAAAAGUCUUGUCGUCAGCCGGACGUCAGGUCCAGUCAUGGCGUGGUUUUCCCGCGUUCCUGUCGUGGAUGUGACCAAAGACAACUUCAAGGAGCUGUGGCCGACCAUCUUAGUGGCACUGAAGACGGCGACAUUUGUUGCUGUAGAUCUGGAACUAAGUGGUCUGGGCAACCGUAGGAAGCUUAACACACCGUCGGUGGAUGACCGGUACAAGUUCCUGGCAGGGGUGGCCAGGUCACGUGCUGUACUCUCUAUAGGACUCUCCUGCUUCAAACUAAACAACAUACCUGAGGAUGGACCCCUUGUCCUCCCGUUCACCACCCAGACAUUUAACCUGACCCUGCUGUGCUCAGAGGAGUAUGUGGUGGAGCCUAUCUCUCUCAAGUUCCUGGUGGAUCACGGCUUUGACUUCAACAUGCAGUAUUCACAGGGCGCCCCCUAUCACAGAGGAGCAGAUCAGAAAGGAGAAGAGCCUCAAAGUGUGCGUCAGUUGUUCAGUGAGCUGGUGUGCAGUAAAGUUCCCCUGAUACUGCACAAUGGGCUGGUGGAUCUUGUCUUCCUGUACCAGUCCUUCUACACAGAACUCCCCCCCACACUUGGUAGUUUCCUGGCUGAUCUGUCAGAGAUGUUUCCUGCGGGGAUUUUUGACACCAAGUAUAUCACAGACUUCCACAUCCGCAUGCCAGCAUCAUACCUGGAGUAUGUCUUCAGAAGAAGUCAGAGAGAGAAUGCGGUUCAAGAGUCAAAGCAGCAGGCCCAUGUGACCCUGACCUUUCCCCCCUACCCACCACACAUGGCCUGUGUAGAGUACAGGGACUGCUGCCUGCCUGACACCCUACUCAGCACCACACAGAGUACCACUGUAACACCCUACUGUGAACAGUAUGGUGCCCAUGGCACCUGUCCCAAAGGUGUGAAUUGCCCCAGAUCACAUGAUCCCGACAUCAUCAUUGAUCAGGAGGACUGGGUCAAGGCCAACAAGAAACGCAGACGAGACAGGAAGAAGAAGAAGAAGGGCAACAAGGAAGGAGAACAAGACAUUACCGAACAUCCCGUUUCCAUGGAAACAGAUGAUCAAAGUGUAGAAGACUCUGUGAACUGUGACAGUCAGACACACACCGACCAAUCAGAUGGCAGAACUGGUAAUGUGGUUGCAAAGACACCUGUGGGCUGCCACAGGGCUGGAUUUGAUGCCUUCAUGACAGGUUUUGCCAUGGCAACCAUGGUAUGCAAAUUAGGAAAGCUCUGUGGCGAGGCCGAAUCGUUUUCAGCGAGGUUCCAGCUUGAAGAGUUUGCUAACAGGGUGUACCUGAGUGGAAAAGACUUCCCCUUGCAGGUAACCAGGAGUGCUUUUGCAAAACCUUCCAACAACCAUAAGGCCAAGCUGGAAAGACUACAGAUUGGAGGGACUCCAUAUCAGUAAUAAUUUUAAAGAAUCUUGAGAUGUUAGUUGUGAGGCCACUACAAAUCCGAUCUACUCACUGUCAGAAGAAUGGUAUGUGCAUUUUUAGGUACCCAUUACUGUGUAUUACUGUAGCUGGACUGUGUAAGAGCAUUCUGGCUAGUUGCGUCAUCAUUUUAGACUUCUGACAAGAGCUGUCCCUGUGAAAGCUAGACAGCAUUUUAUUUGUUCACAACAGAUGAAGAACUAGGAGAGCCAAAAUAUA